UGUUUUCACGACCGCUGGUUGGAAAUAGCGCGCAUUUGCAAGGAGAUUCUCGUUUAGUAUAGCUGCUGUACUGUUCCAAGUAACAUAUUUCUUUAUUUGAACAACUAAAGCUUAUAAAUUUCACAAUGUCUUACAUAGACGGCAAAGAAAACCUUAAUAAUGGAUUAAACAACGUGCAUAUCAAGUCCCCAGUGAAGAACGUUCUAUCAGAGCGCAGCAAUAAUAAGACUGAAGAGAAAAUGGAAGUUGAAAAGGUGUCAAAUGUUGAGUUUGACCCUCAGCUCGAACCCCUGCUGCGAGACAAUCCUCGACGUUUCGUCAUUUUCCCUAUUCAGUACCCGGAUAUCUGGAAGAUGUACAAAAAGGCAGAAGCUUCAUUCUGGACAGUCGAAGAAGUGGAUUUAUCAAAGGAUUUAUCAGACUGGGAGAGUCUAAAGGACUGUGAGAGGCAUUUCAUAAAACAUGUCUUGGCAUUUUUUGCUGCAUCUGAUGGAAUUGUGAAUGAGAAUCUUGUUGAACGCUUCUCUCAAGAAGUGCAAGUGACAGAAGCUAGAUUUUUUUAUGGCUUUCAAAUUGCAAUGGAAAAUGUACAUUCUGAAAUGUAUUCACUUCUCAUUGAGACAUACAUCAGAGACCCAAAGGAAAGGGACUUCUUGUUCAAUGCAAUUGAAACACUCCCCUGUGUAAAGAAGAAGGCAGACUGGGCACUGCAGUGGAUCGGGAGCAAAACUGCCACAUUUGGUGAAAGAAUUAUUGCAUUUGCUGCUGUAGAAGGGAUAUUCUUUUCUGGAAGCUUUGCUUCCAUCUUCUGGCUGAAAAAGCGAGGUCUCAUGCCUGGACUUACAUUCAGUAAUGAACUGAUCUCUAGAGAUGAGGGCCUCCACACAGACUUCGCGUGUCUCAUGUUCAAGCACCUAGUACAGAAGCCCAGCAGAGAACGUGUGCUACACAUAGUGUGUGAAGCGGUAUCCAUUGAACAGGAGUUCCUCACAGAUGCACUGCCUGUGCGCCUGCUGGGCAUGAACUGUGAGCUGAUGUCGCAGUAUAUCGAGUUUGUGGCUGAUAGACUGUUGGUGGAGCUUAUUGGAGAGAAGCAUUACAACACAAAGAAUCCAUUUGACUUCAUGAACCUCAUCUCCUUGGAGGGCAAGACAAACUUCUUCGAGAAGAAAGUCGGCGAGUACCAGAAGUGGGGUGUCAUGGCCAACCCUAUGGACAAUGUCUUUACAUUAGACGCUGAAUUUUGAUGCGAUCUUUAUAAGAUCUAGUACAGUAUUAGAGACAAGAUAUUCCUUACGCAGAAAUUACCAGUCGAUCUGGUAUAGCACGAAUCAAUAAUAUAAGCUUAGAUGUAUAUUUAUAUUGACUUUAAGAACUAUAGACUUAAUUGUGUACCUACUUUAUAUAUUAUUAAGAACAUAGAUUGUAAGACGAAUCGUAUCUCAAACAGUGCUUUGAAGUGAUUGUGUUAGUUUUAACUUUUAAGGAAAGAGAAUGUUAUAUGAAGUGUGACUAAUGAUUUUGUGAUAUAUUGUAAUAUGGAUUUUUAAUAAAAAUAUUACACAAUAA